AUGGGCCGCCUGCACACGUUCGUGGUGACGCUGCGGCGUGACAGCCGCGAGGUCAACUGGGGCCUGCGCCUCGUCGGCGGCGCCGACCUGGCCACGCCGCUCAUCGUCACCAGGGUGACACCGGGUACUCCCGCUGGCAAAGAGCUGGUCCGUGGAGACAUCAUUGCCAAAAUCGACGACUACGACGCACGCGACCUGCGACACGAAGAUGCACAGAAUCUCUUCAGGAAUGCACCCAAACAGAUCAAGCUUGUAGUGCAAAGGGACGUGGACCGAGACGGGCCGCGCUCGACCACCCCGAUGGCGCCACGAUCACCGAUACCCAUGGCGGCUGCAGCACCAUACAGGACACCGAGCCCACAGCCAGGCUGGCGUGGCCCCGAGUCUCUGCCCCGCACUCCGGUCCCACCGCACGGUCCCGCGGGCCCGGCCGGCCUGCCUCACUACACCUACCCGUUGCAACUGGAGGGCGAGUACAGGACACUAAUGCUCUCACCGACUUCCACACGUACUGAUGACACACUUGACGAGUCCAUUCAAAGCCAGCCAUACCGCACGACGCCCCUGGUACUGCCCGGCGCGAAGGUACGACGUGAGCCUGGACCCACGGAGAGCUACCUGCGUCACCACCCCAACCCCGCUAUGCGUGCGCCUCCCAGCCACGACUACCGCGACACCCUUAUGAGACAGAAGGUGGCAGAGUCGGUGUUGCAGCGAGUGGUUGGCGAAGAAGCGAACAAGGUGGUGCACAAGCAGUUCAACUCGCCGAUCAAUCUAUACUCGGAACAGAACAUCGCUAACUCUAUCAGGCAACAGACCUCGCCGUUGCCUCACAAGCCCACCGUCCAGUACGACCCCGCGCGCUCCGAGACAUUCCGCGCGCUGCAGGAGGACGGCAUCACCGGCGACUUGCACGAGGUGCCCACGCCCGUCACGCCCAAGGUCUUCACCGCGCCCGCCAACAAGAAGCCAGUUCCGAGACCAAUUAAGCCUGAAGAGAAGCCGAAAGGAAAACAAACGACCUUCGUGAACUCCUUACACGAAGAGCACAUUCAACAGUCGAACUCAUUCAAACGCCUGAUGUACAACGUGCUCGGUGACACGGAGUUCUAG